CGUGAAGUGUGUGUCUAGUUUUGAAAAUGGUCCUGGCAUGGAAACACUUUACAGUGCAUCUGAAUUUCUCGGAAAUACCAUAGGAUAAUGACAAUGCUCUUGUAUAUUGUAUCUGAUGAAGGACAAUUGCUUCUCAGUGGCUUCAUUACAGAGUCAACUGAAUAGAUUUUACCUGAAGAUGGAGACAUAAUCCAGUCUCUGAAACCUUGCGUUCUUAAAUAAAAAUGGGACUAUAGAUAAUGUUCAGAAACGUAAUAUUUGUAUUAAUGUACCAUUGUCAGAAACGUUUAGAUCUUAUAUUCUUCAGUCUUGAAAUAAAAAGUGUAUAAAAUGACAGACUUUUCAGAUAUCUUUAGCAAUACCUACAGAGUUAUGCACAGAAGCAACAAAGAUAAAAUGAAAAUCUUAAACCUAUGUUCCUUACAGCUGUGAAACUGGCUAUACAUUUGUCUACAAGUCAACCCUUCCAGCGUCUAGGGGCCAAACUCCACCUCCCUCAGCUGGACGAAUGCAAACACUUGGAAGUGGAUCCACAAAACCUGGCCUAUCUGGAAUGCAUAAUUCGUACUGCAGCUAUCACGGGCUAUCAUCCUGGUGGUACCUGCAAGAUGGGAAGUCCUUAUGAUGACACAGCUGUUGUCGAUCCAAUGCUGAGAGUGCGAGGUGUGCAUGGUCUCCGAGUCAUGGAUGCCAGUAUAAUGCCAACGCCCAUUUCAGGCCAUCCUAACUCUCUUCUCAUUGCAAUGGCAGACAGGGCUGCAGACCUUAUCCUACAUUACUAACCUUUUUAUAGCACAAAUUUAGAUCUAUAUAAUUUAAGUACAAUAAAUAAACAGUUAAGACUUAAAAAAAUAAAAACCACUAGACCUUGUGUUGUGUGCUUCUUAAGGAAAAUACUAAGCAAGCUAGUAAGACAAAUUCAGAAAAAUUUAGAUUGUUUAAAUAAACUCCGGCCAGCCAAAGCUUACCACCAUUUCAGAAGUCCGGCGUUUGAAGGUUAAAUAGCUGAGUAAUAUCAAGGGUGGCCGGUGGUCUAGAGGUAAGGUCUAUGGUUUAGAAGUUAUGUGGUUGGAAGACAUGACUAUUUUUGUGAAAAAAAGAAUGUAAGAAAUUUGUGCA